AUGUGUAACAUGUUCCAGUGGGUGACCAUCGAUUUGGACGCCAAAUUCUGGGAGUUCUUGACCUACCCCGUGGAGCAGUACCACGAUGAGCACGACCUGAUGACGAGGAUCGGUGGCUCUGUCACGGGACUUUGGCAGGAUGACGGCGGCGGCUUCCCUGUUGUCAACUUUGCCUUUGCAGAUGCCUUCGUAAACCGCUUCGCCGUGUGGCGGGCGGUGAUCCAGUGGCAGAAAUACACGUGCCUCGUGUUCCGGGAGGUGAGCUCCACCUACAGCGGCCCGCACCUCCGGAUCCAAAGGCACGCAGACGACUGCAAGUCUUAUGUUGGAGUGAUUUCUUCCAGUGGCCAGGACUUCUACAUCUCUGAGGACUGCGAGAGACAUCAAGGUGACCUAUUACAUGAGUUCGGGUACGCCAUCGGGUUGUGGCCCACAGAGUCACGCACGGAUCGCGACAGUUACGUGCAGAUCCUCGAGGCGAACUCACUACCGGAUGUGUCGGUCAACUUCCCCAUUGUCGCCGAAAAUGAUGACAUCGUCCCGUACGACUAUUACUCCAUCAUGCACCAUCACGGAAGGGCGGCCUGUCAGGGUGGGACAGUGGAAAGUCCGCUCUUUGAGACAGGACGAUCGGUUACCAUUACUAUCGAGGGAGCUAAAGUAACUGAGAGUUGA